AAAAGUUUUUGGCAUGGACCAGAAAAUGAUUGCGAUUUCAUUAUACAUAAUUUCCAUUGGACUAAUGCGGGAACUCAUUUCGUACAUUUCAUACAAAUACAAGGAUAGAGCAAUUGUUAAGGUUGGAGAGGCACCAUGGACGACUCCAACAAAUACCAGCAGAUGCAAGAUGAAAUGUCUAGGUUCGAAGCGGAGAUCUCGGGCGACCAUGGUCCCCUCCGGGGGGUGAUCAGCGCGGGCACGUACGGCGCGGUGCAGCAGCGGCUGGAACGGGCCAUCCCCCCACCGCCGCCGCCGCCCGCAAUGCUGUCAUUCGAACACAACAUGUCCAACAUGCCCAACAUGCCGGGCAACAUGAACAUGAUGCCCCGCAUGAUGUUCCCUGCUGUGCCGCCGCCCCCACCGCCGCCCUCUAUGCCUAACAUGAUGAUACCAGCCUCUGUACAACGUUUACGGCCCGGCGGCAUGCCCGAGUUCCCGAUGCACUUCCUCCGGCCGGGGAUGCCGGGGCCGCAGCUGGCGCCGCCGCCGCCGCCCAAGCCGCAGCCGGUCGUGCUCUCGGCGGCGCCCAAGCUUUACAAACAGACCAAGGACGAUGACAAGAAUAAAGAGAAACAUGAAAGCAAGAAGAGGAAACGUUCGCCGCCGCCAGCGCGCGCGCCGACGCCUCCCCGCGCGCCCAGCCCGCCGCCCGCGCCCGUCGCGCCCGCGCCCGCCGCCGUCGCCAUGCCCGUGCCCGCGUCCGACUCUGUGCCCAAGCCCAAGAAAGAGAAGAAACAUCGGAAAGUGGUCCGCACGGCGGGCGGGCAAGUCUGGGAGGACGUGACGCUGCUGGACUGGCCGGACGAUGACUUCCGCAUGUUCUGCGGCGACCUAGGCAACGACGUCACCGACGAGCUGCUGACACGAACAUUUAGCAAAUACAGUUCAUUCCAAAGAGCGAAGGUGGUCCGAGACAAGCGCACCAACAAGAGCAAAGGCUUCGGGUUCGUCAGCUUCAAGGACCCCGGGGACUUUAUCAAGGCCAUGAAGGAAAUGGAUGGUCGCUACGUAGGCAGCCGGCCCAUCAAGCUGCGCAAGAGCACGUGGAAGAACCGCGCGCUCGACGUGGUGCGCAAGAAAGAGAAGGAAAAGGCCGCGCUGCUCUCUCUACUCAUGGCCGGCAACAAGAGCUGACAGUGAAACGGACCGCCCAAUUUCUAUAGGUUUUCAUUUAUUUAUACUAAUUUUUACGAGUAUUAGUAAACAAUUGUAGGAUCCCGUCG